AUGGGGCUUACGAAGAAACCCUAUUUCGGGCUCACUGGAGAAUGGCUUACCUUUUGGCUCACGGUAUCCUGUGCUACCGAUAUGAUGCUAUUUGGAUACGAUCAAGGUGUCUUCAUAGGUGACCAACUCGGCCGCAAGAAAUCCAUUCUUUUGGGCACUGUUAUUAUGGGGGUUGGUACCAUUCUUCAAGCAUCAUCCUAUAGUCUACCUCAGAUGUUCAUUGGCCGGAUUGUGCUGGGUCUCGGCAAUGGAAUCAACACGGCAACGGCGCCCAUUUGGCAAACGGAAACUGCACAGGCCAAAUGGAGAGGAAAGUUGGUCAUCCUGGAUCUCGGGCUAAAUGUCGGCGGAUACUGUAUUGUCAACUGGGUCAACUACGGUCUUUCCUUCCACGACGGCGCCAUUGCAUGGCGGUUGCCGAUCUCUUUACAGCUUAUCUUCAUCGCUGUAUUGCUCGUCACGGUCCCCUGGCUUCCAGAAUCUCCUAGAUGGCUCAUGACACAAGCCCGUGAAGAAGAAGCAAUGGAGGUGCUCGCGUGCGUCGAGGCUAUGCCCAUUGAAGAUCCACUUAUCAUCACUCAACGUGAUGAGAUCAAAUUCAGCAUUACAUAUGAAUCCGACAAUGCUGUCCGGUGGCGCGAUCUCCUGCGCCGGAGCAAAAGCGACAAUACCAAGACUCUUCGUCAGUUGCUUCUUGGUGCCGGCACACAGGCCAUGCAGCAGUUCCAAGGCAUCAACAUUAUGAGUUAUUACCUCCCCCUAGUCCUCAUGAACUCGGUCGGACUCUCAGAUAAGAUGGCCCGGCUGUUGAUAGCUUGCAAUGCGACCUCAUACUUUUUUUUUUUUUCGUGUGCAGCAGCUGCGAUAGUCGAACGAGUCGGCCGUCGAGGGUUGAUGAUGAUGUCUGGGUUUGGCCAGUUCGUAUCCUUCCUGAUUAUCACAAUUCUCCUUUAUAUGGCCAAAACGAAUAUAGUCUACGCCACUGCUUCCGUUGCCUUCUUCUUUUUCUACCAUAUCGCAUUUGGAAUGGGUAUGCUGGGAGUUCCGUGGCUGUAUCCCACUGAAAUAAACUCACUUCCUAUGAGAACGAAGGGUGCGGCUGUUUCGACCGCAACAAACUGGAUCACCAACUUUGUCAUAGUCGAAAUUACGCCCAUCGGUAUUCAAAAUAUUGGAUGGAAAUUCUGGAUUGUGUGGACCGUUCUCAAUGCGGUCUUCCUGCCAAUUGUCUACUUCUUUUACACAGAGACAGCAAAUCGAACCUUGGAAGACAUGGAUGCGUACUACCGCUCCAACCCACCGCUUAUCGUGGCGGGCGAUGCAGAUGCCAUUUCGACUAAGAGGCCGCUUCAGUUCGCCUACCACGAAGAUGAAGAGGUUCAGAAGAAUGCAAAGGAAGCUGUCACUGGUGGCGUUGGAUACGCAGAACAUGUAAAUUAG